AAAAAAAAAAGAGAGAAAAAAAAAAACUAGACAAGACAAGAAGAGAAGAUAAAAUCCCAAAACCUCCAAAACCCUAAAGGCUGGAUCUCAUUUCGUCAUCGAUUUCCCUCUCGUCGAGUCUCCGGUCCUCCAAUGGCUGCUUCUCCUUCGCUUCAGCUCUCGAAUCCAACCCAUUUGGCCUCUCUUUCUUCUCUCCGAAUCGCGCCCUCCCCGCGUGGGCUCGCUCGGGUGGGCCGGAGGAGGGCCUUCCGUUGGCGAGGGGGCUCCACCGUGCGAUGCUCCUAUUCCUCCUUCGCCCCAGUGGACUCGGCUAGGAUUAAGGUGGUCGGCGUCGGAGGGGGCGGGAACAAUGCUGUCAAUCGCAUGAUUGGCAGUGGACUGCAGGGAGUUGAAUUUUAUGCAAUAAACACCGAUUCCCAGGCUCUACUACAUUCACAGGCAAAGAAUCCGCUACAAAUUGGAGAGCUUUUGACUCGUGGUUUAGGUACUGGUGGAAAUCCUCUUCUAGGAGAGCAAGCUGCCGAGGAAUCCAAAGAAGCUAUUGCCAAUGCUCUCAAGGACUCAGACCUCGUUUUCAUAACAGCUGGUAUGGGUGGAGGCACAGGAUCUGGUGCCGCUCCAGUUGUUGCCCAGGUAUCAAAGGAAGCUGGUUAUCUGACUGUUGGUGUGGUCACUUAUCCGUUCAGCUUUGAAGGGCGGAAACGUUCCUCACAGGCACUGGAGGCUAUUGAGAAGUUACAAAAGAGCGUUGAUACUCUUAUAAUAAUUCCAAAUGAUCGGUUGUUGGAUGUCGUUGAUGAGCAUACGCCUCUUCAGGAUGCGUUUCUUCUUGCUGAUGAUGUUUUACGCCAAGGGGUGCAAGGGAUAUCUGACAUCAUAACGAUUCCUGGACUUGUAAAUGUUGAUUUUGCUGAUGUGAAAGCUGUCAUGAAGAACUCUGGAACUGCCAUGCUUGGUGUUGGUGUUUCCUCUAGUAAAAACAGGGCACAAGAAGCUGCUGAACAAGCAACCCUUGCCCCCCUAAUUGGGUCAUCGAUUGAAUCUGCUACUGGGGUUGUGUACAAUAUAACUGGGGGAAAGGAUAUAACCUUGCAAGAAGUAAACAGAGUGUCCCAGGUGCUUCAUAUCUUACUUGACCUGCACAUGAACCUUUCUUCAUAGUGUGUACAGAAGUUGUAACUAGCCUGGCAGAUCCUUCUGCGAAUAUAAUAUUUGGAGCCGUUGUUGAUGACCGCUACACUGGUGAAAUCCACGUAACGAUAAUUGCUACGGGCUUCUCCCAGUCUUUUCAGAAAACCCUCUUGACGAACCCAGACCCAGCAAAAUUUGUUGAUGCCCGAGAAAACAAAGGUGGGUCUCUCCCCCCUGACACUGUGGCCAACUCAUCUCCAGUGCCUUCAAUGCCCCGGAAGCUGUUCUUCUGAGUAUUUAUCUCUUCGGCAACCUUCGUUUUGCUGCAGAAGGCAACUAAUGCAGCGUUCCAGAACGGUCGGUUGCAUUCGCCUUCAUUUUGUUGUGUUUUUUUUAGUUUGUUUUCUGUUUUUAUGCUCGAAAGACAAGAAAAAGAACUAUUUCGAUCCCACGGUCCCUUCGAAUUUUCCUUAUUUUUUCCAUUUUAAUGGUGUAAUUAGUAAAUAACAGUCUAACUGGAACUGGAUGAUAAGGUUUGGUUUAUGCUACCAGUGGAGUACUUCACAACAA